CGCGCGGUGCCGGCGAGGCUGGUGGGCAAGAAAGGCCUGCUAGCCCGCGCCUCGCUGGGAUCGUCGCCGCCCGGGCGGACAUCAUGUCACAGGAAGAGUGAGCUCUUGCCUAUUUUAUCAUGGAGGACUCGGGAAAGACAUUUGAAUCAGAGGAGGAAGAAACAAACUAUUGGAGAGAACUGGCCAUGACCUACAAACAGAGGGCAGAGAAUACACAGGAAGAACUCCGAGAAUUCCAGGAAGGAAGCCGAGAAUACGAAGCUGAAUUGGAGACUCAGCUGCAGCAAAUUGAAACCAGGAACCGGGAUCUCUUAUCAGAGAAUAACCGCCUUCGCAUGGAGCUGGAGUCUGUGAAGGAGAAGUUUGAGAUGCAGCACUCAGAGGGUUACCGGCAGAUCUCAGCCUUGGAGGAUGACCUGGCGCAGACGAAAGCCAUUAAAGACCAACUGCAGAAAUACAUCAGGGAACUGGAACAAGCCAAUGAUGACCUGGAAAGAGCCAAACGAGCCACAAUCAUGUCCCUGGAAGACUUUGAGCAGCGUUUGAAUCAAGCCAUUGAAAGAAAUGCCUUCCUAGAGAGUGAGCUGGAUGAGAAGGAGAAUCUUCUAGAAUCUGUUCAGAGGCUGAAGGAUGAAGCCCGAGAUCUGCGGCAGGAAUUGGCUGUGCAGCAGAAGCAAGACAAGCCCCGGACACCCAUGCCAGGCUCAGGGCAAGCCAAAAGGACAGACAUGGCCGUGCAGGCUACAGGCUCUGUACCAUCUACUCCAGUAGCUCACCGAGGACCUAGCUCUGGUUUGAACACACCAGGAAUGUUCAGGCGUGGUCUGGACAGCUCCACCAGUGGGACCCCACUCACACCUGCAGCCCGGAUAUCAGCCCUAAACAUCGUUGGGGACCUGCUUCGGAAAGUUGGGGCCCUGGAGUCCAAACUAGCAUCAUGCAGGAACUUCAUAUAUGAUCAGUCCCCAAGCCGGACAAGUGGGCCAACCUCAGGACGAGGAACCAAAAACAGAGAUGGUGUUGACAGAAGGCCAGGCGGCACCAGUGUGGGCGACAAAGGGUCAGGAAAACGCUUGGAGUUUGGGAAGCCAGCCUCAGAGCCAGCAUCACCAGCGCUACCAUCCGCCCAGGGUGUGGUCAAGCUUUUGCUUUAGGACCAGAGAGAACUGCGCCCUUCCCUGUCUUCCCUACUUUAUAGUCGGCUUUUAGUCGCUUUAUUUUCCAGGUAGUUUGAGAAAUAAGAGCCAGCACCACCAGCAUUCACUUUGUGCUGUGCAGCCUAAGCUGACUAAGUCUGUUGGUGGUGGACUUGGCCUCACUCCUAUGAUGUGGCUCAGUCCCUAGCAGUGUGUGUCACCGAGAUGAGCGCGCGCGCGCACACACACACACACACACACACCACUCCGGACCAGGCAGCUCUAAAGUAUGAUGCCAUUGGCUAACUAGAGUUUUAAUGGCCUCCAGUGGUGUUUGGAAUAUGUAUAAUCUUCAGAGAAGGACUAAAGCCCAGCUGAGGAGCUCUCUGCAGCCUACUUCCAGCUGAAGCUGUCUUCUGGAACAUUCUCCUGGUGCUUUUGCAGCAUGAUUAAAUUGUAUCUAGGACUGGGAGAUUACAGAGGUAAAAAAAAGGCUCUUUUAAACUAUGGUCAUGCACCUUUGACAUUUCAACACUGUCUGCCUCCUAAGUCAGUAGGAGACUAUCCUCUAUUGAUAAACCCUGACUGAUGUCUUUCUUGAGUCCCCUUCCCUGAUGUUGGGGUGGCAUGUGCAUUGCCCUGGCCUUUGUUACACCAUCCCUAAGAACAGAACUUCAUCCAGCCAGCUGGGCUUCAUCCAGAUACCAUAGAGCAACCAGAGUGAUAAAGCAAGAGAUGGAGCUCGCCGCCAGACGCGCCCUUGGGAUGCGGAAAAACCAGCACAGGCUCUGCAAUGCCAGCUUGUCUCUCAUCUCUGGGGUGUAGCGCUGCCUCACACGUCAGUCCACAAUGAGAAAAGCACACUAAUACCAGAGCUUGCCACCCUUCACUGGCUACUAACUUAUUUUCUAGUUGAUUUGUAAAACUGGCCUAGAGUUGGGCCUAGAACUUUGUGUGUGCUACUGACAUUCACAAGGUGGCUUCAAGCUGCUGGCUGUUCUCCUUAGACAUCAUAACCUGGGGAAAGAUGGACUUUAUUUUUUAUAAGAAAUAAAAUCAAAUCAAAAGAAAUGCCUGCUCAAUAGAUGUGUGUCCUUCCAUGUCUGUGCACAAGGCCAUAAAGUUUGUUUUUAACCAAGUAAUAAA